UCGCAGGCGGGGACGCAGGGAGCGGGACGGCGGCCGCGAUGAACCUGGAGCUGCUCGAGUCCUUCGGCCAGAACUACCCCGAGGAGGCCGACGGCACCUUGGACUGCAUCAGCAUGGCCCUGACCUGCACCUUCAACCGCUGGGGCACCCUCCUCGCCGUGGGCUGCAACGACGGGCGCAUCGUCAUCUGGGACUUCCUGACCAGGGGCAUCGCCAAGAUCAUCAGCGCUCACAUCCACCCGGUCUGCUCCUUGUGCUGGAGCCGGGAUGGCCACAAGCUGGUGAGCGCGUCCACAGACAACAUCGUGUCCCAGUGGGACGUGCUCUCCGGAGACUGCGACCAGAGGUUCAGAUUCCCUUCACCCAUCCUGAAAGUCCAGUAUCACCCUCGAGACCAAAACAGAGUUUUGGUCUGUCCCAUGAAGUCGGCGCCGGUGAUGCUGACGCUGUCAGACUCCAAACAUGUUGUCCUGCCUGUGGAUGAUGAUUCUGACCUCAAUGUUGUGGCCUCUUUUGACAGGCGAGGGGAAUACAUUUAUACAGGCAAUGCCAAGGGGAAGAUCUUGGUCUUAAAAACAGACACUCAGGAUCUUGUUGCUUCCUUCAGAGUCACAACUGGAACCAGCAACACCACAGCUAUUAAAUCGAUUGAGUUUGCUCGGAAAGGAAGCUGCUUUUUAAUAAACACAGCUGACCGGAUCAUCAGGGUGUACGACGGCCGUGAAAUCCUCACCUGUGGACGAGAUGGGGAACCUGAGCCCAUGCAGAAGCUGCAGGACUUGGUGAACAGGACACCGUGGAAGAAGUGCUGUUUCUCUGGUGACGGUGAAUACAUAGUGGCAGGUUCAGCACGACAACACGCCCUGUACAUCUGGGAGAAAAGUAUUGGAAACCUAGUGAAAAUCCUCCACGGGACCAGAGGAGAGCUGCUCUUGGAUGUAGCAUGGCAUCCUGUCCGACCCAUCAUAGCUUCCAUUUCCAGUGGUGUUGUGUCCAUCUGGGCUCAGAAUCAAGUGGAAAACUGGAGUGCCUUUGCACCUGACUUCAAAGAGCUGGAUGAAAAUGUAGAAUACGAAGAGAGAGAGUCAGAGUUUGACAUUGAAGAUGAAGAUAAGAGUGAGCCAGAACAGACAGGUGCUGAUGCUGCAGAAGAUGAAGAAGUGGAUGUAACCAGUGUGGAUCCCAUUGCUGCCUUCUGUAGCAGUGAUGAAGAACUGGAGGACUCCAAGGCUCUGCUUUACUUACCCAUUGCUCCUGAAGUGGAAGAUCCAGAAGAAAACCCCUAUGGACCUCCACCAGAUGCAGUUCAGAGCUCUUUAAUUGAUGAGGGAAUAGGUUCUGAGAAAAAGAGGCAGUCCUCCUCCGAUGGACCUCAGGCACCAAAGAAGAAGCCCAAAACCACCAACGUUGAACUCCAAGGAGUACCUAAUGAUGAAGUCCAUCCGCUGCUGGGUGUGAAGGGAGAUGGUAAAUCCAAGAAGAAGCAAGCAGGCAGGCCUAAAGGAUCAAAAGGUAAAGACAAAGAUUCUGCAUUUAAACCGAAACUCUACAAAGGGGACAGAGGUUCUUUACCUCUGGAAGGAGCAGCGAAGGGUAAAGUGCAGGCGGAGCUGGGACAGCCCUUGACAGCAGGUGGUGCAAUCUCAGAAUUGUUAUGAAGACACUCUUUAUCUUCCUUUAUCUUUCCUGUGCUGGCACCAUCAUGUGGAAAAUGGAUGAAAUGCUCAGUCAGAGUGGACUGACUAACACAGCAGACUGAUUGUUCAUGGAUUCAGGGAGUGACUUUUGUAAGAGGUGAACAUGGAAGAGGAAUCAGCCCCUGUUCCUCCUGAGUUGCCUCUCCAGUGAGCAGUCUGGGAUGCUGACUCUCAGGUUGUGCAGUUUGCAGAGAGACCCACUGGACUGCCCUUGUGUUGGUGUAUGGACCUGGUCUAAAGUGAGCUGGUACCCAACACAGCCACUCCAGAGCUUAUCAGCCAUUGUCUUUUAAAUAUAUAUGUAUAUUUUUUUUUCCCCUGGAUUGAAGUCUACCCAAAGUGUGUAUUUUUAUUCCUGAUGCCAUGUGACUGUGUAUCCUGCAGACCUCCCUUUCUUUGCUGUUCAUUUUGCUUGUGGUGAGCUGUAAGUCCCUCUGUGCCAGCUGCACUGCCUUGGCAGCCUCUCUGGGAGCUCGGUGUGAUGUCUGCUGUGCUGCCAUGCUCAGUGAAGUGCUGCUGCUGUGCCAGGUUUCAGUUCCUCUCAGGUGGAUAGAGAAUCUCAUGUGAAGAAUCAAGACACCCUCUGAAGUCGGCAAAGAAUGAAUCUUCAUCUUGUGGAUAUUUUAGACAUGAAGGAUGACUCUGCUUCUGGGAGAAGGGACAAGUGGAAGUAGCUUUAGAUGAAACUCUCAGUUUAUAUGCUUUCAUCUAGCCCGUGGUAUGAAAAGCUGUGUUGGCAGUUUCUUUCUGUUCUUGCAAGUGCUUUUAUUCUGCUGCUUUCCUGUGUGGUGCCCUACCAGAAACAACUGGCUUCCUCCUCAGCUGGUGGGUGCUGGAAGUUAGAGGAAAAUACAGAACCAAUAUUUCUCCACAUGGAAAUGGUAGUUUUUCAGGUUUUUUUUCCCCCCCACUCCUGGGUAGGAGAGGUGAAUGCUGACAUCUCAUGGGCAGCCAGGCUUUUAACCUUUAUUUUGUAAUAUUAUCCUUGUAAGAAUGGGAAGAGAGACUUUCUCUACCAGUGCCUGCAGCCUGGCACCUCUCUGUACUAGACCAACUGUCUGUUAAAAUAAAGUUUUCAUUCCCAGGUCCCCUUGUUUGAUAGACUUUUAUAGUUCCCCUGCAAUUCCUUUGAGUUUUUCCCAAGAUGUAAUGAUGGGGAUUAUCACUAUGUAUUUAAAUUUUCAAAGUAUCCUGCAGACACUGACAACCAAGAAGAAGAAUCAUAAAGAGAUUUGUUAAUUUGCAGUCGGAAGUGGUUGAGACAUGAGCAUAGGAAGAGAGGGGCUAUUUUAAAUCAGAAGGGUUUUUUUGGAAUUGUUUUCAUUUCAGGCUUUGGUUCAGUGAUCUGCUUCUCUUAAUGAAAUCCAUUCCCCCAUGUACAGCAUCAGUUUUCUUUGUUCUUUCAGCUUGGAGAGUGACUUGCAUCUUUCCUGUGUCCAGUCCCCCCCCUGGGUGAUGUGCCUGAGCCCACCAGCUUUCAGAGCUGCACAGGCAAAGGUUCUCUAGGUUGUUUGAAGGCAGAUGAUUUGCCACAGGCUCCAGCCUUCCUUUCUGUUAAAACUUCUCUGUACAGUGUAUAUGUCCUUGGUUUAUUUUCUCCCAUCUCUUCUUUUUUUGGUAUCUGUAGGUUUGUACAAUAUUUGUCAGAGACUGGCUGGGUGGUAGUGCACUGCAGUGCUGUUAGUUUCUGUGUUUGUAAAUAAAGAUGUAUGUUUUAUUUCCUAAA